AUGGUGGGCGCCUCGCGGGGGCUGCCGGGGUAUACUUUACGGCCCAGUGUGGAAGCUCAGCGGCUCCAGCGUGGAGCAGCUCCAGCGGCUCCAGCGUGGAGCAGCUCCGUGUCUCAGCGCAGCUCCUCCGUGUGUUUCCGGUAUCGAGGCUCCGGUCCACCAGCUAUAGCAUCACCGGGCUCAGCCUCCCUCCUCCAGCCGCGCAGCAGCUACCGGAGGCCGGCUGAAAGCCGCAGCGGGGGCAGCAGGGCGGGCAGCGGGCAGGAGGCAGGAGUUAUGGCGGCGUCGCUUCUCUCCGAGACCGACAUCAGGCACCGGUCCAUGGCGGAGGAGGAUCCGAACGGGAACGAGCACGGGGCGGCUGCACGCAGCGCGGAGCCCCGCUGGGGACCGCAGCACGCCGGAGCCCGGCAGCUGGCGAGGCUCUACUCUCCCGCACAAGCCAUCAAGUUUCAUUAUGUUGAAGAGAAGGCAGACAUCUCUAUGAUCCAUAUCUCCAAGAGUCUAGAAAGAGAAAUAACACUACAGUGUGUUUUUCUUCCUCGUCCUUCUCCAGGUAAGCGGCUCCAGGAGGUGGUGUGCGUGAUUCUGUGCCUCUUCCUCUUCAUCAUCAACUUCUCCUUCCUCCUCCUGCACUUCUCCACCGUUCACAUCUACAAGAUCGUCCUCGGCAUCGUCUUAGGGAUCGUGACGGCAGACUUUGCGUCGGGGAUGGUCCACUGGGCGGCGGAUACCUGGGGAUCUGUGGACAUCCCUGUUAUUGGCAAGGCAUUUAUCCGUCCAUUCAGGGAGCACCACAUCGAUCCAACCGCCAUUACUCGCCACGACUUCAUUGAAACCAAUGGUGACAACUGUAUGAUCCCCAUCCUACCGCUGGCUCACAUGGCCUACAGGUUCCUCACAUACACACCAGAGGCCUUGGCGGCGUCCUAUCCCCGGGACUGCUACGUCUUCGCCCUGGCCGUUUUUGUGACUCUGACCAAUCAGAUCCAUAAGUGGAGCCACUCGUACUUCGGCCUGCCGCGCUGGGUCACGCUGCUCCAGGAUUGGCAUCUGGUGUUGCCACGGAAACACCACCGCAUCCACCACGUCUCGCCACAUGAGACGUACUACUGCAUUACUACAGGUUGGUGUAACUAUCCUCUGGACCAGCUGGGCUUCUGGAGACGGAUGGAGCAGUUGAUCAAAUGGCUCACAGGACAUAAACCGCGAUCAGACGACCUGGCGUGGGCCAAGAAGACUGACAGAUAAACACACAAACCCCAAGACUGAUGCUGAUGGACUUACCCAUGCAACACACACACACACACA